UUUUUUAUUAGUUAAGUUGAUCUUUAAAAAAUACGCGAUACCGGAGGUCUCGCACAAAACUUUAUAAUUCGUGUUUCUAUAUUUUCACAGAAAGUUUCAGACUUUAACACUGUUUAACACACGCAAGGAGUUAAAUGUAUUCUUUCUCUGAAUAUUGAAUAGAGGCUCCUGAUGCAUUUACAAAUUUAAGAAUUUGAAAGAAAAUUUAACGCGCCCGUAGGGAGGUCGGGAGAUCGGUUAUUUGAAACUAAAGCACCCCAACCAAAACAAAUCUGGAUUUGUGUCUGAAAAUGCCAGAAGUGAUAUAUAAAUACAUGUAUACAAACUGUAAAACAUAUUUCAAAAUGUGUUGAUUAAAUUAUUUAGACAAAAUCCAAAGUAUCUAUACGUGAUGAUGAUAAUAAAACUGAUGAUGCACUAAGUGAAGGUCCAGAAACCAGACGAGAAUGCAGAGAUGUUGUCUUCUUGUGUCUCUUCUCCGUGUUUACUAUUGGAAUGGGUUUGGUGUCGUGGAGAGCUGUCACUAUUGGUAACCCGUACAGACUAGUGUAUGGUAUAGAUAGUUACGGGAAUAUUUGUAACCAGGACAACAAGAUUAUUGACGGUGUUAUACCAACUCUCACUGGGAUAGACCUCAGAGGCAUACCAAACCUAUUCAAUUUUGAAGACUCUAUAGUUACCAAUGUCGUUUCCACGGUCCAAGGUAACGUCAAAUCUACGAAAAUAUGUGUUUCAAAAUGUCCAUCCACGGCUAUCAACUCUGUUUUGGAUAUGCAAAACUUAGCAAAUAUCAACAAUUCUAGGCUAUGUGUGUAUGACAUUAAACCCUCCGCUUACUUUGACGGAUCAUCAGGUACAUCCGGGUGCCCGGCGUUACCAAUUACACCACAAGAAGAGUUUUUAUACCGAUGUAUUCCUGCGUCCGUUACAAAAAGAAUUGACCAUGUUACCUCCGCCAUUAACAGUCUUCUUAAUGUCAUAGAAGAAAAUCUUGUCGAGAAAGGAGCAAGCGACAUUCAGAAUACAUGGUUUGAAAUGAGUCUCCUUUGUGCACUGGCUGUCGUGGUGUCAGUAGUUUUAGCUCUCCUGCUUCAGUUUGUGGCAUGGUUUAUCGUUUGGUUGAUGGUGGUUUCUAUGGUUAUAGGAACUCUUGUGGCAACAAUCCUUUGCUGGUACCAUUAUUAUUAUUUACGGAAAAGUUUGGACGCUAUGCAGGCUGGUGACGCAAGCGUUCACAUGAAAAAGAAAGUACGUGACUGGCUGAUAGGAUCAAUUUGUGUGACAGUAUUUACAAUUGUUGUUUUGUUGAUUAUUCUGGCCUUAAGGAAACAUUUAAAACUGGUAGAAGAAUUAUUUCGCCAAGCCGGUAAAGCCAUUAGAAGUAUGCCGUUUCUUUUGAUCCAUCCUUUUAUGACAUUAAUAUGUCUUGGAGGAACAUUUGGAUGUCUGGUGUGGGUAUUAUUGUAUAUUGAAACAGCAGGUACCCCGGUAGUUGACCAAGUCACAAAGACAGUAGAAUAUGUACCGGACAAAAUCUUAACAGUAUUAAAAUGGUAUUAUAUAUUCGGGAUAAUCUGGAUAGUUCAGGUUAUAUUGGCGUGUCACAAGAUGACUGUGGCGGGAGCUGUAGUCAAAUGGUAUUUCACCAGAGAUAAAGAGAAACUUUCUUUGCCAGUUGCUCGAUCCAUGUGGCAUGUUAUAAGAUACCAUUUUGGCUCCAUAGCUCUAGGAUCGCUUAUAAUAACUUUCGUUAUGUUUGUAAGAAUGGUAUUAUCUUUUAUAGAAAACAGACUUCGAGGUGGUACUAACCCCGUUGUAGUAUUUCUGUUGAAAUGUUUAAAGUGUUGUCUAUGGUGCUUCGAAAAAUUCUUGAAAUUUCUCAACAACAAUGCUUACAUCGAGAUAGCUAUACACGGACAUGGAUUUUGUAAGGCGGCACGUCAGGCAUUUCAUGUUGUCUUGACAAACACAUUAAGACUUGCAGCCAUCAAUUCUGUUGGUGAUUUUGUAUUGUUUAUUGGCAAAAUUGCAACCGUCGCUGUUAUCACUAUUGUUGGUAUUGAAUUUAUCUCAGUACAGAAAGAUAUACAUUUUGUUUGGUUACCAGUAGCUUUGGUUGCAAUAUUUGCAUAUUUUAUAGCUGGGUGUUUCAUGUCUGUUUACGAGAUGACAAUCGACACCAUCUUUAUAUGUUUCUGUGAAGAUUCAGUGAUGAAUGACGGUGACAGCAAACCAUUCUUUAUGAGUGUUGGACUACAAAGAUGUAUGUCAGCAGGGCUAAAAAAAGAACAGCCGAAACAAAAAAUAUUAGAAGGAAAGACAACGGAUGAAAAAUCAGACAGCUAGAAUAACCAUCAAACAACAAAAUGCUUUAAAUUUAGUUGCCUUUGAAUCCUACAAAAAAUAAUUAGAUGAUUAGUUAAAUCGUGGUCUACCAACUGCUUAAAUCGAGAAUUAUUGCCAGUUAUGACUCUUUAUUAAAGUUUACGUGAGGAAAAAAACAUACGAAUUGAUAAAUUACAAGGACAAAAAUAAUAUCUCUCUCUAAAAAAUUUUUUUAGAUGGUUAUCGGUGGCUAAAUGGAAUUAUCAUUGCCAUACUUUAUGAGCAGGUUGAUCUUAAUUUGAGCCGUGUCACGACAAAACCAACAUAAUGGGUUUGCGACCAGCAUGGAUCCAGACCAGCCUGCGCAUCCGCGCAGUCUGAUCAGGAUCCAUGCUGUUCGCUAUCAGUUUCUCUACUUGUAAUAGAGUUGGUCAGCGAACAGCGUGCAUGGAUCCUGAUCAGACUGCGCGGAUGCGCAGGCUGGUCUGGAUCCAUGCUGGUCGCAAACCCAUUAUGUUGGUUUUGUCGUGACGCGGCUCAUUUAUUUUAUUUGUUUAUUAAUGCACAAGGAUAUACAACACAUAAAAUAAAUCUAAAUAUUUGUAACAUCUAUUGAAUGUAUCUGUUAGUUCUCGAAGGAAACAUUGUAUAAAUCAAUUAUCUGUCAUAGUUUUCUGGAAUCUCUGACAAUGAUAAAGUGAAGUGGAUUUUUGUUUUUGUUUAAAUUGUUAUGGAGUUCACAUUUUAAAUAGUGAUAUUGCUGUCAAUAUUAUGCAUAUUAAUAAACUCCCUAAUAAUAUUUUGCAAAUACUUUGUAACAGAGCAAACUAAUUCUUGAAGUGAACGUUUAUAUGUUAGUGAAGUAUGUGUAAUACUAUAUUACCUUUCAUGCAAAAGCAAUGUUAGAUGCAGUAGAAAACAAAUAGACUUGUACAUUAAUGAAAGACAAGAAACUGGUCAAAUAAGA